AUGAAAAAAAAUUGUAAAACUAAAUUGUAUUCAUUUUAAAUUACAAUCACCAAAAAAGGUUUUCUAAAUUUCAAAAACUAAUAUUAAGAUUAGAAAAGUAAGAUAUUGGAAUAAAAUUAAAGUAUAAAAUAUAAUAUAUAAGUUAACGAUUUUACAAAGAAGUAGAAAAAAAAUAACAACAACUAAUCUGAAUAAAUGAAAAAAAAUACAAUUUGUGUGUCCAAAUUUGAUAAUAAAUUAUUAAACUCCCUUAAUUAGCUUGAAAAUCUAUUAGAUAAAUCUGAAAAAGAAGAAACUCCUCUUAUUUUUGCAAAAGAAGAAGAGAUAAAAUUUAAAUACUUUGAAAAUAAUAAAGAUGACAAUGAUAAGAAAUUAUAAAGUUGA